AUGCUUCCGCGUUCAACCAAUGCUAGAUUGACGGCCAACCUAGUGAGAUCACUCUACCAUGCAGGACAUAGAUCCAAAAUAAAACUUAGACCAUAUACAACUGUGUGUUCAAAAACAGAUGAUAUUAUCAGAGUUCUUCAGAGAAACAAACUAAUAAGGAAUGAGGAUAAACCAUUAUUUCGGCACUACUGGGAUUUUCUUUCAAAUAAUCAAACGAAUCUUCCAGAAACAGUACUCGGAAGUAUGCCUUUAGAUUCAGUCAUUCAGUUUGUUCAAGCAAAUAAACAAAACUCUUCCACGGUAAGAGGUCUCUAUAGAAGAGAACUUAUUUUCAAUUGGGAUAAAGAUAUGAACAAAGUAAAAGAACUUAUAGAAAAACUUCAAAUAUCCGAAGGAUCAAUAAACUCAAAACAAGAUGUUCUAGCACUCUGCAUCAAUGACUCUCUCGAAACUAGGGAUGUCAUCAUUGCAGCAGAAAUUUACAUCCUUUAUUACACACUGAAUACUAUUGAACCUUUAAAUGAUGAUCUCUGUCGCAAGAUAGUUACAGCGCUAGCUUUCGAACAUCCUCGUUACGACCACAUCCACUUGAUGAAAUAUCUCAACCUUCACGAUCUAUAUGACAACAGAAAUGAAAGAAUACCACUCACCCAGACACAAAUUGUAUCAUUAUGCAACAAAGCAAUUGCCUUAGAGAAUUCACCAAUACUUACUAAGCAAACGCUAAAUAGAUUGAUGGACAUCGAGUUAACCUCAAGUGAAGGCUCCAGAAGCAACAAGAUAAUAGCAGCUUAUCACUUGAUUGAGAAAGAUUGCCUUAUAAACAAUGUUGCAGGUGUUUACUUCACAUGGACUGCAAUACAGAAUUAUUACACUUCAAUAGCCAGACAUGAUCCAAGAAUGAUUCACAAGAUAAUAAAACUAUUUACUCGCCAUAAGGCCUAUAGAACCACUUGCAAACAAAUCAUUUCAAACUUACCACCUGAGUAUUAUUCCAACAAUCCGUUAAUACUACCGACAAUUAUUGAUUAUGCGACCAAAGUUGGGAACUUAUCUUUGGCGAAAGAAUUAAUGGUCAACGUCAAUAAACACCUUCUACCCCAAAACACUCAAAUUGUGUUGUUCAGUAGGCGUUGUUUGUCAUCUUUUCUUCGAAUGCAUUUAAAGUUCAAAGACUCAAAAGGUGUAGACCGUGUAUUGAAGCAAAUUCAGGAUAGUUUCGGGAAACAUUCAGAAGAGAAUCUAUUAGCAAUUGUGGCACAUUUAGUGGAAGUCAAAUCUUCUGAAAAUUUGACAAAAGCAGUGCAACUAGUCGAAAAGAUACCGCUAAGAAAAGCAUUAUCAGCAUAUGGCUCGAUUAUAAACAAACUUGUUGAGUGGCAGAUAGCAUCUGAUGAAAGAUUCGAUGCUAAAUCCAUGCCUAUAUUAAACAAACUUUUGGAAAGAGCUCAUAGGCAGGAUCCUUUGCACAAAAAUCGAUUGUGGAACGUUAUUGCAUCUCUGUUUAUCAAGAAGAUUGUCCAUUACAGAAAUUUCCAACGGCCAAGCGACAAAGCCACCCAUCUUCUCUCAUCAAAACGAUUCAACACAACGAAUUUAGACCUGGCUAAGCUCAUUUACAUCAAAAGCAAUGAUAGAAACAUCACUCCCAGUGACACUGAUAUAAAUCCAUUUGCUAAUACAUCACCACAGCAUGUCCUCCUCAAAAUAACGGAAGGAAAUAGAUUGAUCAUUUUACGAAACAUAGCAUUAGCCGCCAUCAAAGGACAACGAAAGGACAUCUUCCUCUGGUGCUGCUCAAACCUCUACCAAGCUGGUAUGCCUACAAAAGAAUUACUAUUAGAUUGGAAUAAAAUGUUGAACAACGAGAUUAGAAACGCACAUUUUGUUGAAGUAAAACAAAUGGAGGAAGAAUUAACGAUCCACGGGCUGCCCUUUCUCAGAAAGGCGUUUAGUUAA